CUUCUCCCGUUCUUCUCCCCAGCACCAUGGGGCGCAAGUUGGACCCUACAAAGAAGGUGAAGCGCGGGCCGGGUCGAAAGGCCCGCAAGCAGAAGGGUGCGGAGACGGAGCUCGUCCGCUUCUUGCCUGCAGAGAAUGAUGAAAAUUCCAAGAGACUGUCUAGUCGUGCCCGAAAGAGGGCGGCCAAGAGGAGGCUGAGCUCUGCUGAAGCGCCCAAGACUCAUCAGUCUCCUGGGGCCGAGCUUCUGGUUCGGAAGCUCCCCAAAGGAGCUGUGCAGACCCCUGGGAAGAAGGGAGCCUCCCCUGCACCUAACGCUGUUCGGGGCAAGAAGCGGCCAGCUCCAGCCCGGAGCAGCGAUGAGGAAGAGGAGGAGGAAGACUCUGAAGACGAAGAUGGUGGUGAGAUCCAGGGGGAGCUCUGGGGCUCAGAGGACAGCGAUGCUGGCAUGGUGGAUGACUAUGGGGCUGCCUCCAGCUCGGAGGAAGAGUUGCUGCCUAUUGAAAGGAAGGCUCGCAAGCAGAAGGCCCAGGAAUCUAUGGAUGGCCACUGGAGUGAGGAAGACACGGAUGAGGAGGAGGAGGAUACACCCCCUCCUGCCCGCCCCAGGAAGGAGCCCAAGUCCCAGGAAGCCAAUGAAGCCGACCUGCAAAUCAAUAUGGAUGAGGAUGAGCGCUUUGUGCUGCCCCCUAGUGGGCAGAUGGAGCAAGAUGGCCAGGCCCCUGACCUGCAGCGAAUUCACAAGCGGAUCCAGGACAUAGUGGCUGUGUUGCGCGAUUUUGGGACCCAGCGGGAGGAGGGGCGCUCUCGUGCUGAGUAUCUGAGUCGGCUGCAGAAGGACCUGGCUACCUACUACUCAUAUGGGGACUUCCUGCUUGGCAAGCUCAUGGAUCUCUUCCCACUGUCUGAGUUGGUAGAGUUUUUGGAGGCCAAUGAGGUGCCUCGGCCCAUCACCCUGCGAACCAACACUUUGAAAACCCGUCGCCGGGACCUCGCUCAGGCACUGAUCAAUCGUGGGGUGAACCUGGACCCCCUGGGCAAGUGGUCGAAGACUGGCCUGGUGGUCUAUGAUUCUUCGGUGCCCAUUGGCGCGACCCCCGAGUACCUGGCUGGGCACUACAUGCUGCAGGGUGCCUCCAGCAUGCUGCCCAUCAUGGCCCUCGCCCCCCAGGAACACGAGCGGAUCCUCGACAUGUGCUGCGCCCCAGGAGGAAAGACCAGCUACAUAGCCCAGCUCAUGAAGAACACGGGUGUGAUCCUUGCCAACGAUGCCAACGCCGAGCGUCUCAAGAGUGUAGUGGGCAACCUGCACCGCCUGGGGGUCACCAACACCAUCAUCAGCCACUACGACGGGCGUCAAUUCCCCAAGGUGGCGGGGGGGUUUGACCGAGUGCUGCUGGAUGCCCCCUGCAGUGGCACCGGGGUCAUCUCCAAAGACCCCGCCGUGAAGACCAACAAGGAUGAGAAAGACAUCAUGCGCUGCGCCCACCUUCAGAAGGAGUUGCUCCUGAGCGCGAUCGACUCUGUCAAUGCCGCUUCCAAGACGGGCGGCUACCUCGUCUACUGCACCUGCUCCAUCAUGGUGGAGGAGAAUGAGUGGGUGGUGGACUAUGCCCUGAAGAAGAGGAACGUACGGCUAGUGCCCACAGGCCUGGACUUUGGCCAGGAGGGUUUCACCCGCUUUCGGGAAAGGCGCUUCCACCCCAGCCUGCGUUCCACUCGACGCUUCUACCCUCACACCCACAACAUGGAUGGCUUCUUUAUUGCCAAGUUCAAGAAAUUCUCCAAUUCCAUCCCCCAGGCCCAAGCAGGAGAGUCUGCAGCAGCCGCCCCUACAGAUCCAGGCUUGUCCCCGGGGAAGGGGAAGGCCCCACCCGGGUCUGCGCUCAGCAGCCAGCCAGCUCAGAAGGCUGCCGCGGCUGCGGAGCCAAAGCAGCACUCUCAGAAACGACCUCGUCUCCAGAAGUUGAACGGCUCAGCCGGACGGGCAGGCGCGGGCUUGGCAGCUGGGGCUCCCGUCCCCAAGGCCCAGGCCGCCUCAGAGCUCCAAGAGAACAGUCAGCCCCCCGAGCGAGCUCAAGCGGGCAGGGGGCCAAAAGGCGGAGAGACGUGCAGGCCGGUGGCUGGCAAACGGUGGACCCCCAAGAAGGCUGCCGGCCCACGGCAGAAUGCCCUUCCCAAGGGCACAGACCCUGGAACUCCUGCCGAGCACACCUUUGCCAAGACCCAGGCCGCCCCCAAGCCCCGGGACCAUGCCCAGCCCCCCGGGAAGGCCCAAGGAACCAAGAAAGUGAAGCGCCAGCAGCUGGGGCAGCCUUUAAAGAAAGCUGCCCUCCAGACCCACAAUGGCACGGCCCAGGGCUCCAGCCGGCCCCCACCGGCCAAGAGGAGGAAGUCCUAGGGGGCUGGUUGCAAGCCAGAUGGAGCCGGCUUGCCACCUGUGCCACUGCGGUGGACUGUACCCUCUGUGAGGAUGGCCCUGCCACUGUGCACACAUAUGAAAUUACAUGUUUUUAUAGUUUGGCUGUUGCGUGUU